AUGCGCGAGGUCAAAUCGUCCUCGACUGAUGAGACAUUCGACGACGAGGAAAUCCAGUGGCUUUACUAUCCAGAAGUCGAAAAAUUGCUCCUGGACAAUGUCCCUGGCGCUCGAUUGAUUUUCCUCUUCGACCAAACUAUCCGGCGAUCGAAUGCCAAUGCCGCACGCCAGCCAGUGAAUCAAGUCCAUACUGACCAGACAGCACGUUCUGCAGAGUUGAGAGUACGCCGACAUGCAGCAAAUGAUUCACAGGCAGGGGAAUAUCUCCUCCGAGGUCGCUAUUAA